CAUUAUAAAUAGAGAAGAGGGUCCGUGUUCUUCUCUUCAAAAUUCCACCACUCUCUGCUCUACCUUAAACCGUACCACUUGAAUUGAUAUAUAAAAUCCUUAAGGUAAGAUCGCAAACGGUGGUCGUUUCAGAUGGAUAAGCAGCGUAAGUCGAAGCAUCCCAAGACCAAUGCUUAUGCCACCAUAGUUACCUCUUCUUCUGAAGAAGUGAGCAGUCUUGAGUGGGAAGAAAUAGCAAUGACACAAGAAGAAGAGGAUUUGAUCUGCAGAAUGUAUAAGCUUGUCGGCGAAAGGUGGGAUUUAAUAGCUGGGAGGAUUCCAGGAAGAACAGCACAAGUGAUCGAGAGGUUUUGGGUGAUGAAGAAUCAUCGAAGAGCUUGAUUACGUUGAUUGAGAAUUCUAUAUCAUUUUUCUAUAAUAAGGAAAUAUAUACGUGUAUCCUCUAAUCGUUGGUAAUUCUGCAGUUUUGUUCUUGUAUUUGGAGUUGUAUCUCGGGAUUUCAUACUUUUUCUUUUUAA